AUGUACAGUUUGAUAUUGAUUAUAUAAAAAUAUCUAACUCUUACUGAGAAGAUACACAACAAAUUUUUAAAGUGUUUAUCACUGGGUCAUAGGAUUCAAAUGAUUUAAGGUUAUGUCAUGUGUUCUUAAAUUCAAGCCAUAAGUAUUAUCAUACAACAUCAUCCCCAUUUUGAAAUUUUACACGGCUAAUGAAUGACUGAGCCAAGAUUUGAAAAAUAAGAUGGUUCUGUUUCCUGAAACUGCUCUUCCACUUGCUACACUGGCAAGACAAGAACAGUUCAGGACUUCAUGUUUGUAGUCUGGUAGCUAUUGUAAGUAGCAUUUCGGUUCCUCCCCCUAAUACAUAUUGAUCACUUAUACACCGGAAGCUGCGGUAAGCACUUUGUAUGUAUUAUCUCAUUUAACUCCCACACUCAAUGAGAGGAACCAGUAGUAUUCUCAUUUUACUAAUGAAGAAAAUAAAGGUUAAAGGUGUUUUGUCCAGUCUCUGAGCUAGACAGUAACCCAGCUGGAUUGUACCAUGUCUCUUUGAUUCCAGAACCUAUGCCUUUCUGACUCCAGUUCAGUAGUUAACCAUAAGAAAUAUACUUACACAUUAAUCACACCUUCAAAAACCUUGAAAUGUUGCUCUGAAAUAGGCAGCUUUGCUUUUUAUUAUCUGUGUGGCUAACCUACAACAUCCCAGGUAUGGACUGACCUAUUUGUACUUUAUUUUUGUAUCAACAAAUAAGUAAGUAAAAAAGGCAGGGAGUUUGUUUCAAAUUUAAUAUUACUAAAUGUCAGUAAAAGUCAGUCACAGGGAGUGGGUAGGUAUUCCUUAGGAUUGCAUAAUAAUCAGUAGAUGAAAUAUUUUCAAAUGCAUCUACUCUAUGGAACAGGAAUUCCCCUUGUCAAUCAGAAAAAAAAAAAAAGUUCAACAGCUAUGUUGGAAUGGAAGGCUAGGAAAUCAAGACAUGAAGACAUUUUAAUUAUAAGAGUAAAUUUAGGUGAGGGAUGAAUUUGAUGAAUUGGUGUCUUUAGUUCUUUCAAAGACUAUAUGGGAAAAAAUAUGCCUGCCUAUUUAGUAUUCCAUAGCCAGUACAAGUAAGCAAAUGAGAUGUACAGAUAUUUUCUCUUUCCUGACACUAAUAUUUAGGUAGUAAGACAUAUAGGAAAUUUCCUGAAUCAUCAGCUCACUGGUUUUCUCCAUGAGAGCUUAAGAGUUCAUCUUGGGAGAUCUUCUAAGUCUCCCUGGGGAACUUAGCUCUAAAAUGAGAGCUGCAAUAACCUCUCUGCAGAAUUUGUACAUGAUUAUCGGAUGUGAAAGUAAACUCAAUAAAUUAGUGUGUCAACAUACCAUUGAAAAGGUUCAGAUGAUCGUUCUACUUGACUUUUAUACAUUCAGUCAAUGGUAGGCCCACAUCAGACCGGUUCUCUGCUUAGACAUGAAGGCAGUCAAAGAAGUCAGAUCAAAACUUAUGUUAUUUGGAUACAUUGAAAGUCAAGUUUACAUUAAUCUCCCACCUCCAGGGCCCCCAGGUUGUGUGUGUAGAGAAAGACCACAGGAUUGGGGGUUGGAGCAUUUAAUAAUGCUAAUAUUAAAUACUACAAUGGCUAAUAUUUAUUGAGGAUUUUUCAGUGAUUUUGUUGAUACAUUCUUUUAGCCUCACGACAACUUUAAAAAGGUGGGGUCUGUUUUUUACUCCCAUCUCAUACGUGUGGAAAUGGAGGCUCAGAAUGGCUAAAUGAUUUCCCUGUUAAUAUACAAUUGGGGAAGCAGUAGGCAGGAGUUGUAUAGAGUCCAUCACCCUGUUAAGCAUUGGGUGAGGUUGUACAGACUAGAGGUGUGCACAAGGGACUGUAGGAAGCGUGAGACAAGUUUAUCAGGUAGUUCGAGAACAGGUUCACAUUACGGGGGAAUGAAUGACCAUAUGUAUUAGAGACCAUGAGUUUUGUGCUUUCCGCAAUGUUUUAUGCUUAAGGAAAAAUACAAUAAAACUAAGACUCCCAUGCUCAGAUCCAGAUAAACUGUAAAAUAUUCGUUCCUCCUGUGAUGCUUCUAUUCCUUCACCUUCCCAUGUCCUUUUCCUCCAUUCACACUAGCAUGGAGACUUGUGUGUGUGUGUGUGUGUGUGUGUGUGUGUGUGCGUGUUUAAGUUUAUUUUUGAAAGAGAAAGCACAAGUGAGGGAAGGGCAGAGGGAGAGGGGAAAGAGAAUCCCAAGCAGGCUCCCCACUGUCAGUGCAGAGACCGAUGCAGGGCUCAAACUCAAGGAACCAUGAAAUCAUGACCUGAGCCCAAAUCAAAAGUCAGAUGCUUAACUGACUGAGCCACCCAGACACCCCAGGGCAUGUAGACUUGUUAAUCUCACCAAAUGAGCCCAUCAAAAUAUGAAUUAUUUGAGCAGCUGUCACUAUUUUUAAAGAAAAUGUCAGCAAAUAUAAAGCGCUGUUGAAUUUAUUAAAUAAUUUCUGAUGCUUGUGGAAAUUUUUUAAUUGAGUAAUUGCUAUUGACUGCUUUGCAAGAUAUAAAUCGAGAGUUCAGAUAAGGGUCUCAGUCAUGGAAACCUGGAUGAUUUGAUUAAUCCCUUGAUGACAGGCAAUUUCAACACAAGGAUUACAAUAAUCUAUGCUUUGUCUCAUAAAGGUUUCAAGCUAUUGUGUGAAGUUAAAAUUCCCUAUUUUGUGGGUUCACUGGAAGACCAAUUUUUAAGCAUGUUGGUUAAUUCAAGGCCAUAUCCAUUAAGUGGCUGUUACUUAGUUCAGUAUCCUGUCAGUCCCAAUUCUAAGCUGUCUUGUGAAGGCUUUCUUGACAGAUAUAAAUGUAAUCCUCUGUUGGGUCUCAUCAUGUAAAUGUUAACCACAGAGGGACAAAACUGUUCAAUUGUAUUUUUAAUUUAUUUUUAGAUAACAUUUACUUCUGUUGCUUUCACAUUAUAGUCACUUCCUUAUACGUAGCCCUGAGCCAGUAUGCUACAAUGUCAAGUUUAACCAGAUGCAGGAUUUUUCAGAAACCAUAAAGGUUUCUAUUGUACCUUUCCGCCAUGAACAAGAAAAUGAGGCAAUUUCCUUGAAACGCUGAAAAAAAAGGAAAUCCUAGUGAACACCACUCAGCUAUCAAAAACAUUAAAUAAAAAAUGUUUCAUCAAUAAAAAAGUUUUCUUUGCCAGACCACUAUUAUUCAGACUGAAACAUACCUCCGACCUUUAUGCUAAUCUGCCCAACUCGUUCAAAUAACAUAAGAAUGUUCAAUAGAUUAUUAGAAAUUGACAGUAAAAUUAUGAAAAUGUCACUGACAUUAUAUGACUAAAUGUCACUUAGGUGAAUCAUACAUAGAAACUAUUAACCAAUGACACAUGAAGAUGUCCUCUAACCCCACCCCCCGCCCCAUAGCCAAUCCUCUUAAAUAAAUUUUAAAAAAAAAUGAGAAGUUCUUAUAAAGAAAUGAGUUGUCUUUUUUUUUCUUUUUUUAAUCAUUAUUCAAACUCAGGCAUUUUAAAGAGUAGUCUAAAAACCCUCCAGUCAAAUGCCUCCUGCAGCAUUCAAUCUGUAACACUCUAGCUAAUGGAAAAAAAGCAGGCAGUGGAAGGGAGAACUUUCUGUUGUGCUGAAGAGUGCUUGAAAGAAGCUUGUCAUUUGCAAUUCUGUUGUCAGCAAUGAAGGAUUCCAAAUGCAGCUGAACCCAGAAUUCUGACGGUGGUACGUUUAACAGUACAUCAAUCUAGGAAUUCUAUGUUACUUUCUGUUUCCUUUGAAAUAUGUAGAGAAGCCAAUUAAGAAUAAUUGAUAUUAGUUUCAGAACUGGGGAUGAGUAUGUGUCUUAUUUCAAAAUAUCAGAAAUGCGUUCUUAAAAACUUGAAGUAUGUGAUCUAAAUUGUUACCUUUUGUGCAUCUGUGUUUGUCUUUGUAUGUGAAACAAAUGGUGCCUUUCUGAAGUUUUUACUGUUUUUAAAUGCAUUCGAUUAUUGGUCUCACUAAAAUAGUUACUCCCAAAUCCUACUGUAAAAUUAGGUCUUGAUUCAAGAAUAUGUAAGAUACAAUUAUUUGUAAAAGUGUAUAUUUUUAAAAUGUUCUUAAGAAGUUAUUUUUAUAUAAAAUAUUUUAGUAAAUAAUUUCGGUCAAAAUAGAAAAUCUGAGAAAAAAAAUCUGAAUUGAAAGAAGCAUAACUCGCAGCAAAAAAAUGUUAAAGUAAACAAGUGACAACAAUAAAAGUCACUGUGAUUUAAGCUACGGAAAAAUGUUUCAACCUGUUAUCUUUAUUUUCUCAUGGUUUUAAAGAGGAUAAAAUUAAUUCUUUUUCCAUUCCAAAGGCUUCAUUUUGAUUUCUUUGUUUAAAAAAAUUAACUGCUUCCCUUUAGGAAAUCAGAGGUUAGGUUUCUGAAUCCGCAUUUCAGGUGAGAUCACUUAAAAUGGAUAUGGAAAUAAAUAUUCUUUUCUUUAAGAAAAAGUAAGUACUCAACAGAGUCUUUACAUGGUAUUUAAAAUAAAAAAAUCUGUGAGCAGGAAAGGUAUACCCAAAUAUAUUCUCUUAGUGCAAGUAAAUUACUAAGAUGAUAUUUAAAGCUCACAUACUUUUUUUUUUUUUUUUACAAAUGUUUGUUUCAUUAAGAACCUGGUAGAAAAUCAGUCUAUGCUCCAUCAUAGAUCAUUCUACUUAGAACAGCUUGACUUUUGGUUUGCUUUACAUAAGCCAGAAAACCUUUGAUAUUUUGAGUAAAUAAAAAUGGGUGGACAGAGAAUAAUAUAAGAUAGUCUAAAAAACACGACUUAGUGCAAUGCCUGUCACGUUAUAGAAGUUCAGUCAGUGUUGUGUUUCUCUCCUCUCUUUCGUUUCCUUUUUAACUUUUUAAAAGAGUAUUUACACUUGCUUCAUAAUUUUUACUCUUUCCAUGGAUAUAUACAUCUUAUCAGAUGGUAUUCAAAGCCACAUUUUAUCCACUUAUGCAGAUCAGGUAACUCAGGUGUUUUGGAUCCGAUCUGAAGUCUUGUCUUCAAUGAUUAAUUUUCCAUCUUCUUUGUGACCCCAUUGAUACUGUGUUGACCAAUGAAUCAGCUUUAUUAAAUAGGACACUCCAAAUGUGAAAACCUAAUGAUUCCCCUUAAAUAUAAUAUGUAAAUCACUAUGGGAAAAUUACAACUCAAAGACAAAGUAUCUGAUAAAUCAUCCAGAUCAAUUCAUUGUUUGAACCAUAAGAGAAGUAGGAAAUGCAAAUUUUCCAUAAUUAUAUCUGAAUUUAAUUGAAUUAAUAUUCAGCCAUCAGUAUAAAAGUAGCUUUACAUUUGAAGACUCCUUUCAGGAAAGAGUCUGUGCUGCAUAAAUAUACUUAAUGAUCAUAAAAAAUAUGCAUGCUUUACUAUGUUAAAAGCAAACUUAUAAGCAGAACUAUCACUGUUAAAUUAAAACAUAUAAAAAUUUCUUUUUUGACAUUAUUUUCCUGAAUAAAAUGAGAGACCACAUUUAGUUAUAUUUAAGGUUCCAACCUCACAUUCUAAGAAAUGUUGGCUGCAGCAACUUUUAAACAGAGAUAACUUACAGCAGUCGUUGUCAGACUGAGAACAGCAGAAUCACUUGUAGAGCCUGUUGACACACACACACACACACACACACACACACACACACACACACACACACGACCAGCCCCUACCCCCAGAGCUUCUGAUAACAAUAAUUCCAGUUGAAGCUUGAGAAUUUGCAUUUCUAACAAGUUCUCAGAUAACGUUGAUGUUCCUGGUGCUGGCACUACAUUUAAGAAUGACUGCUUCAAAUAUUCCUUUAAUAUCUCUAGUGGACUCUGCAUUUGGAGAGCCUACCAUAUGCCAGACUCUGUACUAAGUCUAGAUAUGCAUUCAUGAAUAAAAGAGGCAAAAUCUCUAUCCUUGCAAAGCUUGUAGUCUAGUGGAGGGGUCAGAAAAUAAAUAAGUAAAUCAACACCUAAAUAUCUAUUUGCAAGUUGUCAUUAAGUGGGUCCUUAGUGGUGGAAGGGAAGCUUCCUGAGGUGACCAGGGAGGCAGUCUCUCAGAAGAGAUUGAAGACAAGAAAUGAAAGAUGAGAAGUCAGCUGAGGAGGGAAGAGUGGGAGAAAGAGGCAUUCCAGGCAGAGUGUCCUCUUGGAGGGCCUUGGGGUGGGAAAGAGCUUGGUGUGUUCAAGAAACUGAUAUGUGGCCUGUGUGGCAGGAACACAGAGACCGAACGCCAGGAUGGCCGAAAUGAGAGGAGAAAGAGAGAAUGACAUGAAUUACAUAGCAUCCAGUGGACUUCUAUUCAAAGAUGGCAAAAAACGGAUUGAUUACAUCCUGGUGUAUAGAAAGUCAAAUAUACAAUAUGACAAAAGAAACACAUUUGAAAAGAACCUCAGAGCCGAAGGCCUGAUGUUGGAAAAGGAGCCAGCUGUUGCAAACCCUGAUAUCAUGUUUAUUAAAAUUCAUAUUCCAUGGGACACGCUGUGCAAGUAUGCAGAGAGGCUGAAUAUCAGGAUGCCCUUCAGGAAAAAAUGCUAUUACACUGACCGGAGCAGCAAAUCAAUGGGCAGUGUGCAAAAUUAUUUUAGAAGGAUAAAAAAAUGGAUGUCCCAAAACCCAAUGGUUCUCGACAAGUCAGCUUUUCCACACCUGGAGGAAUCAGACUGCUAUACAGGCCCCUUCAGCCGUGCACGGAUUCACCACUUCAUAAUAAACAAUAAGGACACAUUCUUCAGUAAUGCUACUCGAAGCAGGAUAGUCUAUCACAUGCUACAGCACACCAAAUAUGAAAAUGGAAUAUCAAAAGUGGGUAUCUGUAAACUUAUAAAUAAUGGCUCAUAUAUAGCAGCUUUUCCUCCACAUGAGGGAGCCUACAAGAGUAGCCAACCCAUCAAAACGCAUGGACCUCAGAAUAAUAGGCAUCUAUUAUAUGAGCGCUGGGCACGCUGGGGAAUGUGGUAUAAGCAUCAGCCCUUGGAUUUAAUCAGGCUAUACUUUGGUGAGAAGAUUGGGCUGUACUUUGCUUGGCUGGGAUGGUAUACUGGAAUGCUAAUUCCUGCAGCACUUGUUGGCUUGUGUGUUUUUUUCUAUGGGAUAUUUACAAUGAAUGCAAGUCAAGUAAGCCAAGAAAUUUGCAAGGCCACUGAAGUCUUCAUGUGCCCUCUCUGUGACAAGAACUGCUCACUGCAGAGACUCAAUGAAAGCUGUAUCUAUGCCAAGGUGACAUAUUUGUUUGAUAAUGGAGGAACGGUCUUCUUUGCUAUUUUUAUGGCAAUAUGGGCCACAGUCUUCUUGGAAUUUUGGAAAAGGAGAAGAAGUACACUGACCUAUACUUGGGACCUUAUUGAAUGGGAAGAAGAGGAGGAAACACUUCGUCCCCAGUUUGAAGCCAAGUAUUAUAAGAUGGAGAGAGUGAAUCCCAUUAGUGGGAAACCUGAGCCACAUCAGCCUUCCUCAGACAAAGUCACUCGUCUUCUUGUUUCUAUCUCAGGAAUAUUCUUCAUGAUUUCUUUGGUGAUCACUGCAGUGUUUGCUGUUGUCGUGUAUCGCCUGGUUGUCAUGGAACAGUUUGCAUCAUUCAAGUGGAAUUUCAUCAAACAACACUGGCAAUUUGCAACAUCAGCUGCUGCUGUCUGUAUCAAUUUUGUAAUCAUUAUGGCACUGAAUCUUGCUUAUGAAAAAAUUGCUUACCUUCUCACCAACUUAGAAUAUCCUCGAACAGAAUCUGAGUGGGAAAACAGCUUUGCUUUGAAGAUGUUCCUUUUCCAGUUCGUUAAUUUAAAUAGUUCUAUCUUCUAUAUUGCUUUCUUUUUGGGGAGAUUUGUAGGCCACCCAGGAAAUUACAAUAAACUUUUUAACCGGUGGAGACUGGAGGAAUGUCAUCCCAGUGGCUGUUUGAUAGACCUCUGCCUCCAGAUGGGAGUGAUCAUGUUUUUGAAGCAAAUAUGGAACAACUUCAUGGAACUAGGAUACCCGUUGAUCCAGAACUGGUGGUCACGACAUAAAAUCAAGCGAGGAGUACAAGAUGCUUCCAUACCUCAGUGGGAAAAUGAUUGGAAUCUGCAGCCCAUGAAUAUUCAUGGGCUUAUGGAUGAGUAUUUAGAAAUGGUUUUGCAGUUUGGUUUUACCACCAUCUUUGUUGCGGCUUUUCCUCUGGCCCCUCUUUUGGCCUUAUUAAACAAUAUCAUUGAGAUCAGGCUGGAUGCCUACAAAUUUGUCACCCAGUGGCGGAGGCCUCUGCCGGCUCGAGCCACUGACAUAGGUAUCUGGUAUGGAAUUCUUGAAGGAAUUGGUAUAUUGGCUGUUAUCACCAAUGCGUUUGUAAUUGCUAUUACAUCUGAUUACAUCCCACGUUUUGUCUAUGAAUACAAAUAUGGCCCCUGUGCAAGUCGUUUUGAAUAUGGUGAAAAUUGUUUAAAGGGAUAUGUCAACAACAGCCUAUCCUUCUUUGACCUGAGUGAGCUUGGUGUGGGAAAAUCUGGUUAUUGCAGGUACCGGGACUACAGAGGUCCCCCGUGGAGUUCUAAACCCUAUGAGUUCACCUUACAAUACUGGCAUAUCCUCGCUGCACGAUUGGCCUUCAUUAUUGUGUUUGAGCACCUUGUUUUUGGGAUCAAGUCAUUCAUCGCAUACCUGAUUCCGGAUGUACCAAAGAACCUGUAUGACCGAAUACGACGGGAGAAGUACUUGGUCCAAGAGAUGAUGUAUGAGGCUGAACUAGAACAUUUGCAACAACAACGGAGAAAAAGCGGUCAUCCUGUUCACCAUGAAUGGCCUUAGUUAAUACCAAGGGGCAGUACCAAUGGUGGGAAUGAUAGCAACCUUAAAUUCUAGGGGGGAUCCAGGAGGAAGGCAUACCUGGCAAACCAUAUAUAUGAUAUGUUACUUGGAAAUGCAUCACAGCCAUCUCUGAGAUUUGGAAUAUCCAGGCUUCUAGGGAAGAAAAAAAAAAUGACUCAUGACAUCUAAAUGGUUAGAUUGACAUUGCAGGAAGCCGGGAUCUAAUCCUCAGAACCAGCCUCAGGGAGUUGUGUGUUUGGAGACCUCUACCUUCCGUCAGCUGCAGUGUGAUAGGAAGGGUGGUGGUGAGGUUUCUAGCAACAGUUUUCCAUGUAAACGUUCAUAAGCCAGACAUGCUAACAGUAUCACCUGCUCUUCAGUCACAUACUAAUCUGACUUUGGAAACUUAGGUGAGUUGAGAUACUUACAAGAAAUGACUUACAUCAGUUAUUGCCUUUGCUGCCAGAAUUCCAUGUCCCUUCAGCUUACAAGUUUGGGGAAUUUUUUUUUCUGAGUUUAUGGAUCUGUGCUACAAGGAAUUUAUGCUGCUUUACAUUGACUAUGCAGUCGAAGAGUUGCACACCUUUAGUAGUCAAACCAAAAAUCUAAGAUUCUAAAAAGAAUAUCAUUCACUGAAACAUACUCUAUUGCAUUGGCUACAUUCAAAUGUGUUGUAUCACUGACAGAACAAGUUUCACUGCCUUUUUUUUUUAAAUUAAAUUUCAGUAGAGCCACAUACUUAUAAAAUAUGGGUGUUUAUUCUCAUAUCAUUUAGAAUACCACUCAUCCAUAUUUUACCGUGGAGGGCUGUUUUAUAGUAUGUUUAAUUUUUUCCUCCCUAGUUUAUUAUAACAACUCUCACAGAAUAACAGAAUAACUUGAAAUGCUGUAAAUAUCUUAGUUUUCCUUGUAUUUUUGCACCUUGGCAAUAUGUAAUGCAAGUUACAUUUUGUGCAGCUCUGAGAUCAGUUACAUGGUAUGCCAUCGUGACUUAUUUAUUCAGGAAAUCAGAAGCCAAAUGCUUUGCAACACGUUAAGCUUUUCUAACAAUGUGCACUUUUGUUCAUGAGCUAAUGAAAACAAUGCAUGAAUAUAAAUUUAUAUUAUUUGUAAAUACACACACAUGUAUUUUUUGUUUUAUUUCCUUUUCAUCAGUAAAGGGAGUUUUCUGUUACUGUUUCCUUGAUAGACUGAUUUGGUUGAUUUUUGAAAACUCUCUAAAACCAAGAUCAAAUCAACAAUGACAGACAUGGUUUUGUAUUGUUGUGGAGUUGCUAUUUCGGUGUCAACUCUGUGAGUGUUAUUGUUCACAGACAGAUGCAAUGGGAAUGAUGAAACCUCAAGUAACAAAAGUCUGGCGGAGGCGUAAGCUCUGGGAGCAGGUGGGGAAGAAAGAGGAGAGUUGAAGUAAGGGAAUGUGUGGGAGAAAUCAAGACACCUUUCCUUGCGAAAAAAAUCAAAACCGAUCUCAGUUUUCCUCCCCUGGGAAUGGGGUGGCGAAUUACAUACUCACACAUUUAUAUACAUAUAUAUAAUCAUAUAUAUGUAUUGUGUGAUUAUUAUUUGUCCAAUUAGGGUUUUUUUCCAAUUAAAAAUUUUCCAAUUUUUUCCCAAUAAAAUUCUCCAGUUUUUUCCGAUUGCUUUCCAAAUAAAGCAUGGUUGUUUCCAAAAUGUAUAAAGACCAGAUUAAAGACAAUGGAAAUAAAGCUGCUUUGUAUAUAUGCUAGAGUAUCUCUAGUAAGAAAAUUAUAAAGUUUCUCUUACUGGAAAACUAUUUGCUAUCAUUCUAACCCUGAAAAUGUUUUUUUGUUUUUUGGGUUUUGUUUUUUUUUUUUUUUUUUACUUUUUCUUCUUUUAUUCCAGGAAAAAGCUGACAGAUUAUAGUUGUUCGUUGGUUUGUUCUUGUCAAAAAUGAACACUUCCCCACUUGCCCUCUGAUUCUGGGCAAAAGGAAGGACCCCAGACUCUAAACUUCCCUCCCAAGCCCUUGUUGUCAAGGACUCUUACAUUCAGAUUCCUCGGAGGUUCUGUUUCUGGCACCUGCUAGUCAUAACAACUAGUUCCACUAACUGCACAAACGAGUUUUCAACUCCUCCAUGUUUGUGGUAUCUGCAGCAUUUCCUUUUAUUUUGUUAGUUGAACGUAUACCAUGCCUGAGGAUAAAUGUUCUGUACGCCUAUUGAAGACAUAAAUGAACCUGACAUUUAUGUCUUUCCCAAAUUAGGGACACAAGACAAAAAUAUUUGUCUUACUGUAGAGCAAAGAAUAGUGAUAGUCAUGCCCUUGAGAAUUCUUUCUGCUCUUUCUGAGUUAUUUUUAUACUACCACCAUCAGUGUUGAAAAUCGUAUUGAUUGCCGAAAGAGAAAGAAAAUGAAAAGAGAAAGGCAUUUUCAAUAAAAAAUUAUAAUACAUUGAUUUAGGCAUUGCUGCCUUUGGUAAUUUUCGAGACCAAUAGAAAAUGAGAGAAUCACCGAAAAAGUUACCUGAAAUUCUCCUUUUGUGAAACAAUGCAGUAGAACCUAGCUACGCUUUUAUGGUUGUUGACAGCAAAAUAUUGACAGCCCCUCACAGUAUGUGAGUUUUAAGUCACUCUGCUUUCGUUGAGAGAUAUGUUUUAUAUCAUGGUUUUCAUAGGAAUACAAAUUAUUUCACAAAGAUUUAUAUAGCACACACUAUUCUCAGGAAUUCUGUAUUACAUGAAUGCUGCUUAUCUAUUUUCAUAUUCUAAAUCGUUGUCUUUUCAAGCAAAUGACUAACAUAUAUGUGCAUGCAGUCUGCCUUGACAAGUUGUUCAAAGCUGAAGCACUUUCCCAGUCCAGUGUGUGAAAAAUUUAUCGAGACUAUAGCUGAAAUAGUUUGCAGUUGUCUGAGUCUGUGCACGCACUUUUCGAUAAAAUGCUGCUGAGUGACUGCAUGAUGAAAUACAACUUCUGAACGCUGCACUUUCUUCCAGAAUGGCUGUUAGCACAAUCUGUUUUAGAACGGAAUGGAAAGGAACCUCUUUCACUCAAUAAAUUGUGUGAUACGGUA